AUGAACACGAAACCAACGCCCGAGGCAGCAGGCGCCGGUGAUGUUGUAAACACGGAGACCGGCGCUCGACCGCGGCGAGCUGCUCCUCUUUCUUUAAGGGCCAAAGAGAACUACGAGGCCAACCGUGAGAAAUACUGCACAGAACUAGGCGCAGCAUGGAGGAGAGUGGAGCACGGUAUGCGGGAGCUUUUGGCCACGAAUAAGAAAGAUGUUCAGACGGCCAAGAAUACACUGCGCGAUUGUUUCGAGCAGUACAAGGACGUGUUCGCCAGAUACGAAGCCUUCUUGGUCAAGACGAACUGCCCCGAAAGUCGACAAGAGCUGGAUCAACGAAGACAAAUUGAGGAGGAGCGUCGCGUUCUCGUCACGGGGAGCCUAGGGGAGAAGAGUGAAGAUUCAGGCGUCAGAGACGAGCCACCAUCGAGACGUUCAUUCUCGGUCCACUCCACACGCUCUUCGUCAUCACGGCUCACCUGCAGUUCGUCAACUAUAAGCCUGGCUGCCGUACAAGCUCGUGCGGAAGCCGAGGCCGCGAAAACGAGGGCUCACUUCGGUCGCAAGGAGGCAGCUAUGAAGCUAGAGAGGGCCAAGGUCGACGCCGAGCUCGAAAUCCUUCGUCAUGAAAAGGAGGCAGCUGCGGCAGAGGCGCAUGCUGGUGCUCUCGAAGCAGCCGUGGUCCAGGAUGGCGGGGAGAGCUUGCACGCACUACCGCUGCUGCAUCCCCAUCAGCGCACUGCGGAUUACGUACAGAGCCAAGAGGCCGCGCACGCGCCAACGCAUCGACAUUCUGAGCUUCAUACAGAAGAAAACGCUCCGCGUGAUGACCUCAACAGCAGGCGGAACGACGGUGCACAUGUUCAUGACCACCAGACUGUCCAGCAGGACACGAGCACCUGUGAUCCAUCGGGAGCCGCGGAAGACGAGGCCAACGCUCAAAAAUCUUCAGGGAACGUCACCACCACACGUACUGACGUAUGCAAAAGUGGUGAUGAGAGCAAAUCGUGCGCAAAGAUCUGCCUUGUGAAGGUAACUCACAAGUCUCAGCCACUGAGAACGGUCAAUGUCUAUGCCAUUUUGGACGACCAAAGUAAUCGGUCACUGGUCAGCUCUGAGCUCCUGGACGUCUUCCGUGUAGAGGGGUCUCCGACCAACUACACCUUGACAACGUGCUCAGGAACUACCGAAGUCACCGCAAGACAGGCCGAGGGAUUCUCAGUGCGGGGCGUUACAGAAGAAAUCAGCCUUGAGCUUCCGCCAUUGCUGGAGUGCAACGACAUUCCUGACAACAGAACUGAAAUACCAACUCCUCAAGCUGCCAAAUGUUACCCACACCUGAGUCCCAUAGCAGACAAUAUUCCUCCAGUGGAUCCUCGAGCACAGAUAUGGCUUCUUCUCGGUCGGGACGUUAUUGCAGCACACAAGGUGCGUGAGACACUCAACGGGCCACGGAAUGCUCCGUUCGCUCAGAAACAUGACCUCGGCUGGGUGAUCGUUGGGAACAUUUGCAUCGGCCGUGCACGGAGGCCAAGCACUGCAAGUGUUCUAAAGACUCAUGUGUUGAGUAGUGGUCGACCAUCCAUCCUAGAGACUUGUGAAUCUCACUUUACUGUAAGGAAGAGCAGAGUUCUUCAGCCUCAAGGUGGACCAUGGUCUGGGUCGAGUGCCUUAUCGGUAGCGGAAGUCAGAGACAGGUUUGCCGAAACGCUGUUCGAAACAACCAAAGAAGACAACGAACUUGCACUGUCCAUAGAAGAUAGAAAGUUUCUUGAGAUCAUGGAUAAAGAGCUCGUUAGAGAUCGUUCGAAUAGCUGGGUAGGUCCUCUUCCAUUCCGCACGCCAAGGUGCCGCCUCCCGAACAAUAGGCAGCAAGCUUGGUCUCGCCUCCUGAGUCUGCGUCGCACAUUGUGCAAGAACCCCGAAAUGAGGGAACAUUUCGUAGCUUUCAUGAAGGACUUGUUCUCGAAUGACUACGCUGAGGUAGUUUCACCGCUCGCUGACUUGAGGGAAUGCUGGUAUUUGCCCAUCUUCGGUGUCUACCACCCGCAGAAGCCUGGGAAGAUCAGGGUUGUGUUUGACUCCAGCGCGGAGUACAAGGGAGCUUCGUUGAACAGUGUCCUUCUAACGGGACCGGACUUCACUAACAGCCUCAUCGGAGUGCUAAUACGCUUCAGAAAGGAGCAGGUAGCGGUGAUGGCGGACAUACAGCAAAUGUACUACAACUUCCUUGUCCGAGAAGAUCAUCGCGAUUUCCUCAGGUUCUUGUGGUUCAAGAACAAUGACAUAUCGGAAGAUAUUGUGGAAUGCCGAAUGAAAGUGCAUGUCUUUGGAAAUAGCCCAUCCCCAGCCGUAGCAAUGUAUGGGCUUCGACGAACAGCCCGAGAGGGCUCACGGGUGUUCGGAGAGAGGGCCGCGAAGUUUGUGGAGAACGAUUUCUAUGUCGACGACGCACUGAAGUCCGUUCCCACGGAGGAAGAGGCGGUCGAGCUACUGCAGAAGGCGCAGAAAUUGCUGGAAACGGCCAACAUACGGCUGCAUAAAAUUGUCUCAAAUAAUGAGAAGGUACUUGAGGCUUUUCCCGUUCGCGACCGCGCGGCAGACCUCCGGGAAAUUGACUUCACCGAAGACACAUUGCCUGCGCAACGUAGCCUAGGGCUACUGUGGAACGUGCGCGACGACACGUUCCUUUUUCGCACUCCACCUGAAGACAAACCAUGCACACGUCGUGGUGUUCUCGCAACGGUCAACGGCUUGUAUGACCCAUUGGGGUUCGUGGCUCCGGUGACUGCACGAGCCAAGCACUUUCUACGCGAGAUAACAGCCGACGGAUAUGACUGGGACAAACCGUUACCACUUCACAGAGAGCAAGAAUGGGAAGACUGGAAAAGCUCUAUUCAAGCGCUGGAGAGUCUUCAAAUCAGAAGACCGUAUGCACCAAUAUCGGUUUCAGAAGCUGAGCGCAAGGAGAUCCACAUUUUCUGCGAUGCAUCAACACAAGCUGUCGCAGCCGUGGCGUACCUAAAGGUCACCGACAAUACAGGAAGACACCACGUCGGAUUCCUAAUGGGGAAAGUCAAGUUGGCCCCCCUAGCUGAGCUUACCAUUCCGAGAUUGGAACUGUGUGGGGCGGUACUCGCAGUCGAAUUGGCUGAACUUAUCCAGCGGGAACUGGAUCUGCAACCAGACAUGCUGAAGUUCUACAUCGACAGCAAGGCCGGCACCACGUUACCACGCUUCUCAUACGUCCCUACCAUGAACAAGUACAACAUCAGGGCAGACAUUUCACGGAAGGAGCAGUAA